AAAAAAGAAACUAAAUAAAAGAUGUGGCCCCUUUUAUUGUUUUCACCUUUUUGGUUUCUUUUUCUUUUUCUUUUUCGCUUUAAUCGCCAAUUAAAACAUCUAAAUUCAUACACACCAUAUAAAUAAAUCCAAGCAAAAUGGCGCUCUCAGACAACGAAGAAUCUAGCAGGCCAGAGUUCUACCAUGAUGACGAAGAAGACGACAACCCACGCGCAUCCACGGCCGCAAAGCCCGUCGAGGAGCUUGAAGAUGACGAUAUUGGAGAACUAAACAUGGACGAGUUAGGGAGCAAAGUGUGGCUGGUCAAAGUGCCCACCUUUCUUGCCGACAAGUGGAAGCAGCAGCGCAAGGAAGGAGUUCAAAUAGGCAAAAUGCGCAUCUAUCAUAAGCCGGACAAAACUGCCAGUGACAUUGCCAUUAUUCUCAACGACACACCCGAGUACAAGGAGAUUCCCAAGGAAUACAGGAUGCAAGUGACGAACGAAAAAGUGCGCAAUAUGUUUAUAUUCUCGGAGCAGCGCGAUCCGCGGGAAAUAGUCAAACCGACGUCGGCGAUGGCCAACAAGGCGGUGCCUAUAGCUAUGACGGGUACAGUUCACCAUGAGUGCUCGGUUACGCCCGAGUAUAGCGAGGAGUACAAGAGGAUUAUGCAUAAACGGGUUAUCGAUCAGCAUGAGAAUACGCGUCGGGUGCAGAGUAUUCCGUUCGACAAGUAUGUGCCAGAUAUGGUUGGUUUCAAUACCAGUGGGUUCGACACAGCGCAGAAAAAGCAGAAGACCGCGGAUACAAAGAUGGCCCGUAUGGAGCGCAAGGAGCUUAUGGAUAUGCUGUUUGCUGCCUUUGCGCGGUUCCCGUAUUGGCCAUUCAAGGGACUCAUUGAGCACACCAGGCAGCCAUCGGCGUAUCUCAAGGAGAUACUCCUUGAGGUUGCCAGCCUUAAUAAGCACGGCCCUUAUGCUGCCAUGUACAGCCUCAAGCCCGAGUUCCGCAAGGAUGCUGUGGCUGAAAUCAACGUGGAUGCGCCAAAUGGAUCGUUCUCGGGUGAGAGAGACCCUGAUGCUAUUGGCGGAGAUGGUUCUGGGGCUGCGGAUCCUGAGAACGCGGAGGAGGAUGAUGAUUUUGAAGACGUGUGAAUGUUAUGCUAUGUAUUAAAUGGCCAUCAGCAAAUUACGAAUAUAGAAAAAUGCCA